AGCCAUGGCGCGGGCGGCGGCGGCGGGGCUGGGUGUGCUGCCGCGGGGCCGGCGGGGGAGCAGCGGCCGCGGCCCCGCGGAGCGCCUGUAGCCGCGGCCGGGCCGCAGGCUGGCGAGCCGGGGCGCGCUGGCGGCGGCCGCGGCGGCGGCGGCGGCGGAGGAGGAGGGAGGCGGGAGCCAGCCGCCGGCCGCGCCGCCGCCGACACCCCACAAGAGGAUGAAGAAGCGGAAGGAGCUGAACGCCCUCAUCGGCCUGGCCGCCGACGGCCGCAGGAAGAAGCCCGCCAAGAAGGGCUCGGGCCACCGGCUGCUGCGCACCGAGCCCCCCGCCUCCGACUCCGAGUCCAGCUCCGAGGAGGACGAGUUCGCGGCGGCGGGGGCGCGGGGCCGUUGCGGCAAGGGAGACUAUCUACGAUGCUGCAAGUUGUGUUACCCAUUAUGCGCGUUUGUCAUUCUUGCCGCUUGUGUGGUAGCGUGCGUUGGCUUAGUCUGGAUGCAGGUGGCUCUCAAGGAGGAUCUGGAUGCAAUAAAGGAGAAGUUUCGAACUAUGGAAUCUAAUCAAAAGACAUCAUUCCAAGAAAUUCCUAAACUGAAUGAAGAUUUGGUGCAGAAGCAAAAGCAACUAGAACAAAUUGAGACUGGAGAACUGGGGUUAAAUAAAAUUUGGAUAAAUAUCACAGAGAUCAAUAAACAGAUAUCACUAUUGACCUCAACAGUAAAUCAUCUCAAAAGCAACAUAAAGGCUGCUUCUGAUCUGAUUUCUCUUCCUGUCACAGUAGAGAAACUUCAGAAGACUGUAGCGAACAUAGGUAGCACGCUUACCAGUGUUUCCCAUGAUGUUGAAAAUAUACAGACAGCUAUCGAAGAAUACAAGAAAUCCAUCGAAAUACUUCAGAACGAUGUGACGGAACUAAAACAGAUACCUUCACUUCCCUCCACUGUUGUGCCAAGGACUGAGAGAAAUCAGACAGAAAAUUGCAAACAGGAAAGCCAGUCACUGCAUGCAGCUUUGGAGGAGCUAAAUAAUUCUGUAGUGGUGUACCAAAAGUUGAAUGAUAUCAAGCUUCUGAAUGUGAAUUCAAGCAUUGGUGACCUUAGCCGGAGGGUUAUGCUGUUAGAAAACUUUCCCCUUGCUGUGAAUAAUCUGGGCAAAAAAGAGAACUUGUCUACCAAUGUGGGGAAUGAUGCAACUACCUCUCUAAAAGUGGAAAAUGAAGAUCAACUAGAUAAUGAAACUCAUUCAUAUAAAGAGCUAAAGGAAAUAGGAACUAGAGAUUCUCAGGUAUCAAAACUAAAAGAGAAGCUUCAGCUGAUCAGUGCUCUAACAGGCAAGCCAGAAAAUGACAGACCCAUUGAGACAUCAAAGAAUGUUGGAAGUAGUCCGAGUACUACAGCAAAGCCCACAGACCUUUCAAGGCUGGCUUCAAGGUCAGCUGAUGACAACACGGAGGGAAAUGGACAGCUGAGACAUCUGUCCUUACCAGGAAUUUCCAGCAUCGAAGAUCUUCAGAAUUUGUUUGAAAAAGCAAGUGAAAAUGUUGAUGGAAAACUAUCAUAUGAAGAUCUUCAAAAGCUGCUUGGCUCUACAACCCCAGAGUCAUGGAGCUUUAAGAAAUUUGACACAGAUGGAGAUGAGAAAUACUCAUUACAAGAACUGAGAUUAGCUUUAGGUGUAUAGGUUAUAUAUUUAGAAAUGUGAUAUUGAUGGAUGCUACUGUAGCUAAAGGAAACUACGGGACAUGAAAAACUACGUCUGCACUUUCCCAGUGUUUUACUGAUCUUUGGAGCUAAAUUACUGUACACAUUGCCACCUCUUUUUGUUUGCAUUUAUUGAAAAGAAAUUUACAAAUUUCUAUGUCGAUAGGACAUAAUAUUGGGACUGUGUUAAAAUCCAGAAAAUUCCCAAACUUGGAAACAUUUUCCUUUCAUUCUUUCCUUUUCAAAGGAGUUCUUUUUAAUUUAAAAUGUGUACAUACUAAAAUAAAACUAUGGUUUUAUAUUUCACUGAAAUUUGCCUUAAAUUAGAGAGCUGCACUUUAUGUAGAGCAGAAAGAAAUCUAUCUUGUAAAGAUGGCCUCCUUCUGCUUGUAAAUAUCUGAGAUAGAGUAAAUUAUGCAUAUUUAAGGGGAAGUUUGUGUCAGGGGCUGUGUUGGUAGUAAGCUGUUUUAUGAGGAGAGACUGAGCCUAAAAGGACUGGUUAAGAGCUUCAGCUAAAUUUCUAAUUUUGACUGACUAUAUCCAUGAAUGAGUUUGGACUCAGUCAGAGGAAAGCAGGAGUGGUGAAUCAUGCCCAUCUACAGCAGGAUAUAUUUUUAGAAGGAAGAGUUGAAAAUGUUUUUAUAUCAUGAGCCUACAGGAGCAAUUACCUAACAAGUGCUUGGGUUUUCACUUCAGCAUUCUUCUAGCUUUGCUGUAUUGCGUCCAGAUUAUUUUGCAAGAUGAGCCUAUUUUUUUAAAAAAAGAAAGCUAUUGAAGAAUUUUAACAGAUGCUUUAAGAGGUAAAACUCUACAACGGAGCCUGCUGAGCAGCACCUGAAUAGUUCAUGCCUCGGAUAUGAUCAACAGUGUGCUGACAGUCCCGCUGACUGGUCACUGGAGAUUUUUUCAACAGGGUUGCUGGUGCUGCCAGUUUCUUCCAUCUGCUGUUGUUGGGGCCACUCUGAAGUGUCCUGAGUAAAGCUCCUGGUCACUGGGAGCGUGAGUGGGUGGGCAAGGCCCAGGGCAGGUUUGUGGGCUGUUUCCUGACUAAUGUGAGCAUGAUCCCUUCUUGGUACCUUUACCUUUUGUGUUCUCGCCAACAGAAGGAUGGAAAAAGCAGGAUAGGAGCAUGCAGUCGCAUCCACGUUCUCCACUGACGCGUCCUUUGUAAGUGAGGUUUCCUUACUAUAGAGGAGCCUAAGGGUUUGUUUAUCGUAGUGGAUCUGAACGCUGAGUGUUUCUGGAAGAUAGAAAAUUACUUUUGCAGAAGGGAUUCUUUUGCGGGCUAGAUCAGGGCCAAGUCGGAUGAUUUUGCUGAUGAAUGUCACCGAUCUUGUUGGGAGUUUUUUGCAUGAUUAGUGAACUGAAGUUGCCCACCUUGCUGAAACAUCAGUUUAUGUGGAAGUCAGUUCAUAAUUGUUGACAUAUAAAACUUUAGACUGGAUGUUUUAUGAAUAAUUGUCUUCUGGAGUAUGAAUCAGUGAAGGAGUGUACAAAUGGAACCCUGUCACCCAUUGCCUAGGCUUCUUUCACUGUUGCUCUUCUAUCCUGUUUGGGUAAUGCAGACAUGACCCAAUAUGGAGAUGCUUUUGAUGUGACAUUUGAAAAUACAGUAUUUAAAAACAAAACCAACCAACCUUGGCUUUUGAGAGGACAAGAAGCCAACACUUACUUCUUGCCACUUCCCACACCCUUUUAUACACUACUGUAUAAUUCCUUAACCAAAUAAUAAUAAAAAAAACCAACCUAGCAAUAAAAUGUAACCAAUCUGGUAUUUUAUUUGUACAUACUGUAUCAUAGCCAUAUGCCAGAGUUUGCAAAAUAUUUUUGGAAGUUUGAUUUGUACGGAAUUUAACUUACCUUAAAAUUUAAGGGAUUAUUGUAUUGCCAUGUGAGUCUGUUAGUGUUUUGUUUUGUUGCAGUCUGCUUUACUUUUAGAAGGCUCUUCAACAGCAAUAGUGAAACUGUCAGCUAGAGACAGCGUGCGCCGCUCCAGCUGCCCGGGUCCUCUGCCUGCGGCCAAGGAGCCGAGCUGGUUGCUAGAGCUGGUCACUAACCGGCACAGGGCACAGCUCUCCAGUGGUGCUGCUUAAUUUGCAUGUCAAGAGCAUAGUGGAUUGCUAAUUGCUGUAGUCACUGCUGUUGUAGGAUGGACUUGUGCUAUCAAUUUAACAACAUCUGAUCGUCCCCAAGUACAGUGGUCGCUUCUGUAGCCGGUAGCGGUGUGAGCCCGGGUCCCCAGCCACCUGCUCCCAUCUCCGCAAGUUGCCUGCACGCUGCUGGUCUCCACCUCGCUUGCUUUCCAAAGCCCCCGUGCUGGGUGUUGGCAGGCUUCCUCCCCUGUGUUUUACUCGCGCUGCGGAUGGUAGAGGGCAUAAAAGCCAUGGACAUGGUAAAUGCGCUUGUCCAGACCCGCGCUCUGCCAUAGCUCGUGCCUGCGGACCACGGUGCCCAGCUGCCAGCCAGCCGGAGGCCAAAUGCUUCUGCAUGCGGUGAGUUCUCCAGGAACAAAGGGAUGUCUGAAAUCGUGUUAAACACAGCGGAAGGGUCUGUGAGCGGCAGCUGGAGCUGGAGCUGAGACUUGCUGUUCUGCUGUGAGGCUUGGGUUCAUUUUCAGGCUGUAUUUGUGGGUUUUGGGUGACUCCUGUGUAUCUUUCAGUUCAGUUACUGUACGAGGAGCGGAGCCGCACCGUGCUGGGUGUGCGUGGCGCCUCUCUCCUCCGCUGCGUUUGAGCUACGGCACUCCACGCCUUUUAUCAUGUAACGCGACUUUUAAUUUCUCUAAAUAAAACUUCAUUUUCAGUGUG